AUGCGCGCGUUCUCCGUCCUCGCAGAGGCUAAGACAGGUGUUUUCUGGAACUUGGAGGAUUGCCCAAUCCCUGAAGGUCUGAAUCCUGAUUCGAUUCAUGCACAUAUAAAAAAGCUCUUGAGAAUAAGGGUUAUGGUGGUGCCGUGUCAAUCACGGCUUAUGGUGAGAAGAAAACGUUCCCGGAUGAAUUGCUCGAUAAAUAUCGCGAUGCCGGGAUUGCCAUCGUCCAAGAAGAUUCCGUCGAGAUAUAUAGCUCCUGCAGGGGGUAAAGAUGCGAGACUUAAUAAGAUGGUAUGGGACAUUCUCCUCUGGUUAGUGGACAAUAAUCACGAAGGAACAACUAUCUUGAUCUUCCUAGACCUCUCAGCAGACAAAGAGUUCGUGAAGAGUACCGACUUCGAUGAGUUCCUCUUCACCGUUCAAAAUUUGAAAAGUAGAGGUUACAAAGUUCUCUUAGCACAGCCCGAAGAGGAGGUCGCGUCAGAAGAUCUAGCUCAGUCUGUAGCCUCGAUAUGGCUUUCCACAAGCCUAUGGGAUGAAGGAAACCCUGUCGACCUUACUGGAAUCUGCGUUGAUAACUUUGAUGACUUCAGCUCAGCACAAGACAUGGAGGUUUUGGGGUCGGUGAGAUUGAAGAUUGAGCUUCAGUCACGUGGAAUGAAAUGUGGAGGGACAUUGCAAGCACGAGCUGCAAGGCUUUUCUUACUUAAAUCAACACCACUGGAGAAGCUCCCAAAGAAAGUUAUGGCCAAGAAAAAGAAAUGA